CACUAUUUUCCUCUGUAUGGUGGUGAGUGCAGACCAUCAUCGAAUCGCAAAAAUAGGAUUCUCUCGUUUAUACAAAAGAAUCUGAAUCUCUUCUCCUCCGUCGAAGUUUGAAUCACCUCUCCUUCUCCCGUGAGUUUUCUCUCUCUCCCUCCUUAAUAUCUUCUCCUUCUUUCCUUUUCGCGUCUCCUCAAUAUCCAUUCCAACUAAUUUUCUGAUCUCUCUCUCCCUCGCUCUCACAACGGCAGAUCUAGGUUGAGCUUCCCCCAGCUUCGAUUCUCUCGCAUUUCCGUAUGAGAUAGAUCGUGAUUGAAGCGAGAGAUUAAUAAUAAUAAAAAUAAGAAAAAAUUAGGAGAGCGAAGAUGAGCGAGGGCCAGAAGUUCCAGCUGGGAACAAUCGGCGCUUUGAGUUUAUCCGUCGUAUCGUCUGUGUCGAUCGUGAUCUGUAACAAGGCGCUUAUUAGCACCCUUGGCUUCACCUUCGCGACUACUUUGACUAGUUGGCAUCUUCUGGUCACGUUUUGUUCCCUUCAUGUGGCACUAUGGAUGAAGAUGUUUGAACACAAGCCUUUUGAUCCACGAGCUGUGAUGGGAUUUGGUAUAUUGAAUGGGAUCUCCAUAGGACUAUUGAACCUUAGCCUUGGCUUUAAUUCCGUUGGCUUUUACCAGAUGACGAAACUAGCAAUCAUCCCCUGUACUGUUCUCUUGGAGACACUCUUCUUCAGGAAAAUGUUCAGUCGAAAAAUUCAGUUUUCAUUAACCAUCCUUCUCCUUGGUGUUGGAAUUGCAACCGUCACAGAUCUUCAGCUUAAUAUGCUGGGUUCUGUCUUGUCGCUGCUGGCUGUUAUCACAACUUGUGUUGCUCAAAUUAUGACAAAUACCAUCCAGAAGAAGUUCAAAGUUUCAUCCACGCAACUUCUUUAUCAGUCUUGCCCUUAUCAAGCAAUUACACUUUUCGUCACUGGACCAUUUUUAGAUGGGCUCCUAACCAACCAGAAUGUGUUUGCUUUCAAGUACACUUCUCAAGUUGUGUUCUUCAUCGUCCUGUCCUGCCUCAUAUCAGUCUCUGUGAACUUCAGCACUUUUCUAGUGAUUGGAAAAACGUCUCCGGUCACAUAUCAGGUUCUUGGACAUCUUAAGACAUGCCUGGUUCUAGCAUUUGGCUAUGUGUUGUUGAAAGACCCAUUCAACUGGCGCAACAUUCUCGGUAUUAUGGUGGCGGUGAUUGGAAUGGUUGUGUAUUCCUAUUUCUGCUCGAUUGAGACUCAGCAGAAGGCAAGUGAAACAUCUUCAACUCAGUUGCCUCAGAUGAAAGAGAGCGAGAAGGAUCCGCUAAUAGCAGUUGAAAAUGGAAGCGGAGUGUUAUCAGACGGUGGUGGUGGUGUGCAAAAGACGGCGGCUCCUGUAUGGAACUCAAAUAAAGAAUUUUAAGCCUAAAAGCUGAACAUCGUUAUAUUUUUUUAUAUAUAUGUCAACUCUCUUUUGUAUCAGCUUCGUUCAGAGAGAUUUUUUUUUUUUUAAACUUGUUUAAUUCUCUCUUUUGUUUGUUUGUUCACUUUUACAAUCGCAUAGCAGAGAAUUAGGGGAGACUGAAAGAAAACAACAGCUUUCCACACCGUAUGGGAAAAAGGAAGAAAUCAGAGUGAGAGGGAAGACGCAACUUCGAUGAUCCAACUUUAUUCUACAGAGCACUUUUUUUGUCAUAUUUGGAACUAGUGGUACAACUGUAUACCAAGGUUAUGGCUAUUUAGAUACUUGUGUUUGAUUUUCAUGCUCCUUUACAUGGAUUAUAUACACCUCCUCACUUCUUGUUUUCUUUUAUCUCAUGUUUGAUGUUGUGGCUGUAUUCAUCAAUGCCGGAAACGUGUGUUUGAUUUCGGACUCCGUUACAUGGAUUAUAUACAGAGAAUCCCACUUCUUUUU